AAAAAUUAAUUAAUGAUGAAACAAUUUAUUUUCAUUUUUUGGAUAUUUUUUAGUUUCUCUAUAUUUCAAAAUGGAUAUGUAUCUGCAUGUGUCUUGUGCAAAUUUGGAUCGAUAGUUACAACUCGAAAUACCUCCAUUAUAAAAUCAAAUACUGAUAGACCUAAGCCACCGGCCACAAUACCAAAUUCAAUUUAUGUACAAACUAGGAAGCACCAUCAUAUAGAAAACGAUUUGCUAAUUUCUAUAAAGACUGUAGAAGAUCUCAUACAAUUUAAUUCUCAAAUUUCAUUGGCAAACUUAUCAAUGAAUGAAAAAAGGUCGUUCAUUAUAACCUUAACGUCAUUCUACGGUCAUAUGACAGCUCCAAUGCCACAUGCAAUAUCUAUAAACUUGAUGAAAAUGUUAGCAUGUUCACCUAAAUUAUUUUUUACAAUUUCACAAGAAUGCCUUAACUCUAUAUUGUCAGAAUUAGCAUUUAAUCAAUGCACAUUGUACGAAAUACCUACUGAGGAUAUUGUACCGUUUUUAAAUGGAUUGCUUUCAUUAUCCCCAGGUGUUUUAAACAAAAUUCCUAGGGCUAGUUUCAUUUCAACAUUAGGAUUGGUGUCAUCUCCCGAAAUUUUAAGUAAUUUAACACAUUCUUCAGUUAUUAAUUUGAUUACAGUACUUUCAAUGUCAAAAUCGACAGUGAAUUGUCUACAAUUGCCAACUUUAUUUUCAUUACUGACAUUUAUAGCAUCGAAAUCUCUUAUGGAAACAACUAUUAAAUUACCACCAUCUACUGUUUUUGGUUUUCUGGAAGGGUUGUUAGUUACCCUUGACGAGUCGUCUCCUUUUUUGGUAAAUGUAAUACCGACUUCAGUACUCGUUGCGAUAUUCAAGCCCAUAAUGACCUCACGCAUGUUAAGCACAAUACCUAUAAUAAAUUUUGACUUACUGUUGUCUGUUCUUGGUUCAUCGCAACUAUUAAUAAGAGAUUUACCAAUUUCAAAUUUUAUUUCAACUUUUAAUAUUUUAAUUACUUCACCAAAAAUAUUAAGUUCCUUGAAUCCGAACAAUGUGGCAAAAUUACUAUCCACAGUAGCCACAUGUCCAACAUUGUUAGACUUUUUACCUUCACCUUUGAAACGUCAACUUUUAGAUUCAAUAACUGUUUAUUUACCGUCUUCUUUAGCUUGUAUUUCUUCAGAUGAAUUUUUGUUGUUGUUUGGGGAAAGCAAUUAGAAAAUAUCCAUGUAUUUUUUUUAAUGCUGAUUAUAAAUUUUAUUUUUAAUUAGUUCAAAUAUCUGUAUUAUAUUUUAUUUUUUAUUUCUUAUUUUUUUAAAUGUAUAUUAUAUUUUCUAUGUUAUUGAUUACAUUGUCAUUGUGUGGCUUCUCUUAAAAAUUAUAUUACUGCAAGUUAUUAAGGUACCUAUAUGCAACUUUAUUAUGGUUAUUUCAUUUGGAUUUACAUUACAUUUUUUUUUUAUU